CAGGGUGCAGACGUCAGGCCAUGGCCACGAGUCCCGAAGAAGUAUCGAAUCCUUCCCUUCUUCCUUAACCUUAAUAGGAGGCGAGCGUCCAGGAUCGCCUCUUGGUCAAUAUCGACGGCUCCGAGAGAGAAUAAGUCAGGAGGGAAUCUGGGUACGAAGCCGAGGGGGUGCGAGCAACGGGGGUUGUAGGAGGUGCCUCGUCUCGUAAACACCGAGAGAUCCGACGGCCUUAGGUGUCGUACCGGACACACGAAUCACUUUCAGCCGUUCGAUCGGGUAAAGUUUGAGGUGACGUUAAUUUGAAGACUGAUAUUCCGUGUGCCAGCCCGUGAACAAAUUCUCUCUCUCUCUCUCUUGUUCGUCUACAUGCGGCGUACCGACUUCGCACGUAUCUCUUGUACCGGUCUAGUUUCGGUCAAAAUUUGUUUUCAAGAAGCUUGAUCCUGGGUGGCAUAAAGAGAACGGUUAAAAUUAAAUCAAUUAUUUACGGGAUCAAGCAACUUCAAUUUUGGCUAAACGUAAACAAAAAACAAUGGGCACAUGCGAGCCAGAUUCAGAUGUUGUUCGGUGGGGCCUCCAUCUCCUUGAUGCUGGUGAUAAUCAUCUAUAUGAUUCAGCGUACUAUGCUAGUGCUACUCAGAAUGAACCAACUUGCUAUAAUGAGGAAUUUCCAAGGGGCGACCAGUUUGGCAAUCAAUAUUGCAAUGUAGAGAAUGAUGAAGUGAUUGCAUAUACCCUUCAAGAAGAGUUCAGACGGCUUGCAGUUGCUGAAGCCUCUGGAUCUGGACAUUCAGACGAAGAGCAUCAGCAGGCAUCUAUUCUUGCACAAGACUGGCUUGGUCCCUCAGGACCUGAUCAUGAACAUGAAGAAGUUGAUGACAACUCCCCCAGUUCAUGCUCAAGCCCUGAUACCACAACAUGUGAUGAGGAGGAGAGUAGUUAUAGUUCUUUGGAGCUAGCAGAUGAAUCCUCGUCAUUGGAUGGUGAAGUUGGAAAGAGGUUGAUUCAAAUGAUACCCAUUCCUCAUGUCCCUAGAAUUAAUGGAGAAAUUCCUUCAGUGGAUGAGGCAACUUCAGACCACCACAGAUUGCUAGCCAGAUUGGAGCUGUAUGAUUUGAUUGAACUUAAAGUUCAAGGCGAUGGAAAUUGUCAGUUUCGGGCACUCUCUGAUCAGUUCUAUCGCACUGCUGAGCAUCACAAGUUUGUUAGAGAGCAAGUUGUUAAUCAGCUCAAAGCCGAUCCAGAUAUUUAUUCUGGGUAUGUGCCAAUGGCUUAUGAUGAUUAUAUAAAAAAAAUGUCCAAGGAUGGGGAAUGGGGUGAUCAUGUAACAUUGCAGGCUGCUGCUGAUUGGUAUGGAGUAAAAAUAUGUGUAUUUACAUCUUUCAAAGACACUUGCUUCAUCGAAAUAUUGCCAAGUGUUCAGAAAUCAGAGAGAGUGAUCUUCUUGAGUUUCUGGGCUGAAGUGCAUUACAACUCAAUCUAUCCGGAGGGAGAUGUGCCUGUUUCAGAAACUAAGAAGAAAAGAAGGUGGUGGCACUUUGGUAAUAAGCAUUGAUGUGUUCUGGAUGUCAGCUGCUUAUAGGACGUCACCUGUUUAUUUAUCUCCUUUAUUCCUCAGUCGAGAUCUGUGGAAGACAUGAAGCUAUCGUCCUUAUGUGUUCUUAUGUGAAUUGACAUUGGUAAGAAAGGCGCUUCAAUGAAUGGUACAACCUCUUGUUCCUCUUUUGACAUUGUAGAGAGAGAGAGGGGGAGGGAGAGAGAGAGAACAUAAUUCAUGAUUCUUUCUUUUCAAUGAAUAAAAGAUGUUCAUAUUUUCUUGAGCUAUA